AUGCAAACAUUGGAGGAAUUAAAGGCGCAAGUCCGUGAAUUGCAAAAGGAUAAAGAGAGAUAUAUGGCGGAAAAGUGCAGUUCAGAGUUGAAAGAAACUAGUGACAAAGCUUGUAUCAAUUGUCAAAAUAAAUUUCCCGUGGGAAUUUCAUCUUGUCAGCUAUACUUUUCAUCACCGACUUAUCGCCUAGUUGGAAAGGGAAAAGUGCAUAACACUUUGGGAGAUUUACUUCACCAUAGACCGCUCCCUGCUGGACAUCUGAAAGUAUUGGUUGGUAUUGCAUUAGAUCUGGAUGUGUUGCUACCGAUACCUGACAUUGUUUCAAAGACAACAUUGCUGCGAGAUGCAAUAGGAUCAUUUGUUGCAUGGUCGUCAGACCUCAUUUUUAUAGAUGAUGAGACUCCUACAAAACUUGCAUUUAAGGAUAAAGGGAUUUUGCGGCACAACGAGUCUGUUACAUCACAAAAAGAGUCACAACAAGUGAGCCAGAAAACUAAUAGCGUACCCAACAAGAAAAGGGAUCUUCCAAGAUCCGUGGCAAGAAAAGCUUUUGUACCUCGAUUCCGGAUGUGUCUUGAAACACUUGUGGGAACAUCAAAUUUGAUGAAUGGUGCUAUUCAUCAAAUGGAUAUGGAGGAAGGUAUCUUUGCUUUUUAUUGCUCCGAAACAAUUUCAAAAGAGGAAAUGGAACAUAUUUUUCAACAUACAAAAUUAGGCAUCGGUGUUGUACACUUAUACAUCCGGUUCUUGUAUGAAAAAUUGAUGCGCGAGAAUCAAUUGUCAAACAAAUUCCAUUUUGUGUCUUCCGCCCGUGUCAACGGAGCAUCAUUUGUUAAGGAUCCAGAUUCAGUAAGAUAUCACUUAGUUGAGAGAUACAAGGCCAGUAGUACAGAAAGCUUGUAUCUUUUACCGUAUAAUACUAUUCCUCGUCUUUGGUUAUUGGUUGCUAUUGAUCCUUUCAAAGAAGUGGUGUAUUAUCUGAAUUCGGUAGAUGGUGAUUGGACAACUUAUCUGUGA